GCCGCCGCCUUUUGUGCCCUCCCUUCGCCGCAAGCUGUCGUCAUCAGGCUCCGACGCUCUGUGAAGCUCUCGGGCUCCGGCGCUCGCGGGGCGGGCACGGACGCGCGGGCGGCGCCUCAGCCGGGUUGGAGCUGAGCGGAGAGGGCGGGGAAAGGCAGCGAAUCGAGGAGGGGCGGGAAGGUGGCGGCCGGAACAUGGCGGAGCGGAUCCCUCUGUACCCGGUGCGCAGCGCGGCCGCCGUGGCCAACCGCAAACGCGCGACCUACUACAGCGCGGCCGGGCCUGGGCCGGGGGCCGAACGGCCCAGCAGGUACCAGCUGGAAGAUGAGUCUGCCCAUUUGGAUGAAAUGCCAUUAAUGAUGUCUGAAGAAGGCUUCGAGAAUGAUGAAAGUGAUUACCACACGUUACCACGAGCUAGGAUCACACAGAGAAGAAGAGGACUAGAGUGGUUUGUCUGUGGAGGAUGGAAGUUCCUCUGCACCAGGUACCAGCUGGAAGAUGAGUCUGCCCAUUUGGAUGAAAUGCCAUUAAUGAUGUCUGAAGAAGGCUUCGAGAAUGAUGAAAGUGAUUACCACACGUUACCACGAGCUAGGAUCCCACAGAGAAGAAGAGGACUAGAGUGGUUUGUCUGUGGAGGAUGGAAGUUCCUCUGCACCAGAAAGAGAGAACUGAAAGCUCGCACAGUGUGGCUUGGAUAUCCUGAAAAGUGUGAAGAAAAGCAUCCCAGAAAUUCUAUAAAAAAUCAAAAAUACAAUGUAUUUACCUUUAUACCUGGGGUUUUAUAUGAACAAUUCAAGUUUUUCUUGAAUCUCUAUUUUCUGGUAGUAUCCUGCUCACAGUUUGUGCCAGCAUUGAAAAUAGGCUAUCUCUACACCUACUGGGCUCCUCUGGGAUUUGUUUUGGCUGUUACUAUCAUGAGGGAAGCAAUUGAUGAAUUCCGGCGUUUUCAGCGAGACAAGGAAGUGAAUUCACAGCUAUACAGCAAGCUUACAGUAAGAGGUAAAGUGCAAGUUAAGAGUUCAGACAUACAAGUUGGAGACCUCAUCAUAGUGGAAAAGAAUCAAAGAAUUCCAUCGGACAUGGUAUUUCUUAGGACUUCAGAAAAAGCAGGUUCGUGUUUUAUUCGAACUGCGCUUGAUGGUGAAACUGACUGGAAGCUGAAGGUGGCGGUGAGCUGCACACAGAGGCUGCCAGCCCUGGGGGACCUUUUUUCUGUCAGUGCUUAUGUGUUUGCCCAGAAGCCACAACUGGAUAUUCAUAGUUUUGAAGGCACAUUUACCAGGGAAGACUGCGACCCACCCAUUCAUGAGAGUCUCAGCCUAGAAAAUACACUGCGGGCGAGCACCAUUGUUGCGUCAGGUACUGUAAUAGGUGUUGUCAUUUAUACUGGAAAAGAGACUCGAAGUGUAAUGAACACAUCCAAUCCAAAAAAUAAGGUUGGUUUGUUGGACCUUGAACUCAAUCAGCUGACCAAAGCACUGUUUGUGGCUUUAGUUGCUCUCUCGGUUGUUAUGGUAACCUUACAAGGAUUUGUAGGCCCGUGGUACCGCAACCUGUUUCGGUUCCUCCUUCUCUUCUCCUACAUCAUUCCCAUCAGUUUGCGUGUGAACUUGGACAUGGGCAAAGCCGCAUAUGGAUGGAUGAUCAUGAAGGACGAGAGCAUCCCCGGCACGGUUGUGCGGACCAGCACCAUCCCAGAGGAGCUGGGGCGCCUGGUGUACUUGCUCACGGACAAAACAGGAACCCUCACCCAGAACGAGAUGGUGUUUAAGAGGCUGCACCUGGGGACUGUGUCUUAUGGAGCAGACACGAUGGACGAGAUCCAGAGCCACCUCAGGAAUCCAUACUCACAGAUGCAGUCUCAAGCUAGCGGGAAUGCUACCAGUUCAACACCACCAAGAAAGGCCCAGUCCUCAGCUCCCAAAGUGAGAAAAAGUGUUAGCAGUCGAGUCCACGAAGCUGUGAAGGCCAUUGCGCUGUGCCACAACGUGACCCCCGUGUAUGAGCCUCGAGCCGGCGUGAUCGCAGAGGCCGAGUACGCAGAGGCGGACCAGGACUUCAGCGACGGGAACCGCACCUACCAGGCCGCCAGCCCUGACGAGGUGGCCCUGGUGCAGUGGACGGAGAGUGUCGGCCUCACCCUGGUCCGCAGAGACCUCGCCUCCGUGCAGCUGAGGACCCCCAGCGGCCAGAUCCUGACCUACUGCAUCCUGCAGAUGUUCCCGUUCACCUCGGAGAGCAAGCGCAUGGGGGUCAUCGUCCGGGACGAGUCCACUGCAGAAAUCACCUUCUACAUGAAGGGGGCCGACGUGGCCAUGUCCUCCAUCGUGCAGUACAACGACUGGCUGGAGGAGGAGUGUGGAAACAUGGCCCGGGAAGGUCUGCGCACCCUCGUGGUCGCCAAGAGGGCACUGACAGAAGAGCAGUACCAGGACUUCGAGAGCCGCUACAGUCAGGCCAAGCUGAGCAUCCACGACAGGGCGCUCAAGGUGGCUGCGGUGGUGGAGAGUCUGGAGCGGGAGAUGGAGCUGCUGUGCCUCACGGGGGUGGAGGACCAGCUGCAGGCGGACGUGAGGCCCACUCUGGAGAUGCUGCGGAACGCAGGCAUCAAGAUAUGGAUGCUAACAGGCGAUAAACUCGAGACCGCGACUUGCAUCGCCAAAAGCUCACAUUUGGUGUCUAGAGCACAAGACAUUCACAUUUUCAGACCAGUAACCAGUCGGGGAGAGGCCCACUUGGAGCUUAACGCCUUUCGAAGGAAGCAUGAUUGUGCACUGGUCAUAUCUGGGGACUCCCUGGAGGUCUGCCUCAAGUACUAUGAGCACGAACUCGUGGAGCUGGCCUGCCAGUGCCCGGCCGUGGUGUGCUGCCGCUGCUCGCCCACCCAGAAAGCCCACAUCGUGAAGCUGCUGCAGCAGCACGUGGGAAGACGCACCUGCGCCAUUGGUGACGGAGGAAAUGACGUGAGCAUGAUCCAGGCGGCAGACUGCGGCAUUGGGAUCGAAGGGAAGGAGGGCAGACAGGCCUCCCUGGCCGCGGACUUCUCCAUCACGCAGUUCAAGCACAUCGGCCGGCUGCUCAUGGUGCACGGGCGGAGCAGCUACAAGAGGUCGGCGGCGCUCGGCCAGUUCGUCAUGCACAGAGGCCUCAUCAUCUCCACGAUGCAGGCCGUGUUUUCUUCUGUCUUCUACUUCGCAUCCGUCCCGCUGUACCAGGGGUUCCUCAUGGUGGGGUAUGCAACUCUGUACACCAUGUUCCCAGUGUUCUCGCUAGUGCUGGACCAGGACGUGAAGCCGGACAUGGCCAUGCUCUACCCAGAACUCUACAAGGACCUCACCAAGGGAAGAUCCUUGUCCUUCAAGACCUUCCUCGUCUGGGUGUUGAUCAGUAUUUACCAAGGCGGCAUCCUCAUGUACGGGGCUCUGCUCCUGUUCGAGUCCGAGUUUGUGCACGUGGUGGCCAUCUCCUUCACAGCCCUCAUCCUCACUGAGCUGCUCAUGGUGGCCCUGACUGUCAGGACGUGGCACUGGCUGAUGGCGGUGGCCGAGGUCCUCAGCCUGGGCUGCUACGUGGCCUCGCUCGCUUUUCUAAAUGAGUAUUUUGACGUUGCCUUUAUCACAACCGUGACCUUCGUGUGGAAAGUGUCGGCCAUCACCGUGGUCAGCUGUCUGCCGCUCUACGUCCUGAAGUACUUGAAGCGAAAGCUGUCCCCUCCAAGCUACUCCAAGCUCACGUCCUAGCGCACCGCGGGACCGGCUCCAGCAGCUUGGGGUUCCUGCAGGGGUGCAGGGAGGUCGAGGGACCGGAGCCCAAGAGGGGAGGCAGUCUGGAUGGCACCGGGCACCCCCAAUCCCUGCGGGAGGACACAUCCCCUUUCUGUUCUUUUUCUGUUUUUCAAAAUUUAAUUUUCAUAUCAAACCACUUGAGUUUCUAUCAAAAUGAGCCCUAAUUAUCUCACUAUUACUGUAAAGCAUUCCUCUUUCUCUGGCAUUCUGAGAAUUAACAUGAAAGUGUAUUUAAUAUUCUGCAGUUUCCAGACAUUCAGACUCUCCUUUGACGUCAUGUUGUAGAAAGCCAUUUCUACCUGACUAGAAUAAAAUCUAGAUGCUGAAC